AUGUUUGAGGUGAAUGAGAACUACACGCGUGUGUCAGAGUUUGUGAUCGUGGGCUUCCCGGGGCUCCAUCCAUCCUUCUUCCAGCUGGUGGCCUGGUUCUUCUUCUGUGUCUAUUUGAUCACGGUGGUGGGGAACUUCCUGCUGGUGGUGAUGUUUGCCCUGGAGCGCAGCCUGCAGAAACCCAUGUACAUCAUCAUGCUCAGCCUGGCACUGUCAGAUAUAGUGGCAUUCUGUGGUCCCAACCGUAUCCUCCAUGCCUACUGUGAUGCUAUAGCACUGACUAGGCUGUCCUGUUCCAACAUGGUAGCGAUCAAUGAUAGCUCCUAUGGGCUGGCCAUGUUUGUCCUCCUCGUCCCUCUCUCCCUUAUCAUCUUCUCCUACGUCAGCAUCAUCGUCACCGUGAUGCGCAUGGCCAACGCACAGGGCAGGCGGAAAACCUUCUCUACCUGUGGUACUCAGGGAUGUCUCAUUCUUAUCUACUACAUCCCCCGCUUCAUAGUCUACUCCACGCCCUACAUGCCCAACCUGACAAUCACCCCUGACUUCCGCGUCGGCCUCAUUCUAUUCUACAGCCUGUUCCCCCCGGUGGCCAACCCAUUCAUCUACUGUUUCAGGACCAAAGAGAUCAGAACCAUCCUGGGGCGCUGGAGACAGCGCUGGGGGAACAGCCGGACAGAACCGCGUAAACCCAACACUGUGGCUGUUAUCACUAGAUGA